AUGGACGUCGACUCUGGCACCCCCGAGCCACCCUGGUCACGUCUCCCCACCGAGCUCUACGCCCACAUCCUCAGCUUCUUCCCGCCCGCCCGCGACCACGCCGACAGCAGUGCCAAAACGCUCGCGAGCUGCCUCUGCACGAACAGGCACCUCCGCGCCGUCGCGCUCCACCCGGGCCUCUGGGAGCCCCACUACCGCGCACGCUACACCGAGCGCGUCGAGGAGAACGAGGCGCGCCGUGCCGCUGAGACGGGCGGGGACUGGGCGCGCAUGUACGCUGCGCGCCGUGCGCUGGACCGCGCCGCACUUGUGGCGGUGGACGAGAUCAGGCUGCACCUCUGUGGGCGGCACUUGGUGGCGCGCAAGAUCGCGCAGGAGUACUCGUUCGACGUGUGGGAUGCGCUGGAGAUCGAGGCGCAGCUCCCGCUCCCGGUCUACUUCCGCGUGGGCGCGGACGAGGGGAGAGAGGAGGGCGAGGAGGCCCCGGAGGUCCCGCACGCGCUGCCGCGCCGGUAUUGGGCGAGGGCGAUGUUGGGCGUGAUUGCGAGGCGGUAUGCGUUGGGCCAGUGGGUGCGUCUGUACAGUAGUGCGGACGAGACGGUUUCUUUCGAGGAGGCUCUUGCGGGGCUGUCUGCGUUUUUCGACGAGUCGCCAAAGAAGGUUAGUGUGUGGCUGAAUGGGUUGGCGGACCAAUGUCGCAAACAGCUUGUCAGUGCAGGUGUCGUACUUGACCCGGAGAGCACAAAUUACGACCUCCGGGCUCUCUGUGUGCACAUCCGCACGGCGCUGCGCGAGAUGGGGUUCAAAAAUGCAGAAAGUGUCGACUUUUACAACCUCCUGAACCAAUUUCCGCAUGGAUUGAUGCAACAGGAGAACCGGAGGACAAUCCCCAUGUCCCUUGUAUACAUCUUUGUGGCCGUUUGUCAGCGGCUCGGUAUACGAGCGUCGCCUACCAACUUCCCCGGGAAGGUCCUUUGUCAUAUCGCUCCCCAGAACCCAGAAGAGCGGGAGAUGAUUUUUGACCUGUGCAAGGAUGAGCCUCCCUUUGUUUUUACAAGCAAUGAUCCGGCCUUGAUGCUCGCCGAGAUGGGCCUUCCUUCCGACGCGCGAAUCGACUUCAUUCGACCAUGCAACAUUAGUAUCAUGCUGCACCGUGCCGCAGCGAAUAUAAUCAUAUCCGUCCGCUGGAACCAGCGGCGCACAAUGGACGCGGCCGUAGAGAAGUUUACGUGGUGCAGCUACGCGUCGUUCUGCGUUUUCCUGCUCCAGGCGCAGGAUAACCAGAUCCUCUCUCACAUCAUGGACUCGAAGCCGCUCGAUGCCCUUGCGGUCUUGGACGACGUCUUGUCCCCGAGACUCACUUCGUCAGCGCGUGCGGGUCUGUCGAGGCAUUGCACGGACCUCGUAGACACGGAAGAAGAGGCUGCCAGGAUGAUGUCAAUGCGGUCUACUCAUUCUGUGAAAUAUUUUGUUGGAAUGGUUGUGCGCCACCUGUGGUACGACUACGUCGGGUGUGUCAUCGGCUGGCACCCGCUUUGCCUGGCGAAAGAGGACCUCACGCCUGUAAUUGAAGUUCAGCGCCUCAGGCGAGGCUGGGAUCAGCCCUUUUACUGGGUUGUGACGGUCGAUGGCGCCAAGAGAUACGUAGCCGAAGAGGAUCUGGAGCCGAUACCCGUUACCAGAGAAAUUGCGCGGAACAUGUUCGAGGGGCGCACAAUCUUCGGCCGAUAUUUUGACGGCGUGGAGGUGGACGAGGAACAAUCUCGCGGGAGGCUUUUGCCCACCGAGGAACUCAAAACCUUGUACCCCGAGGACAACCAGGCUGGCGCCGCAUGGGCUGCUGUAGGACUCUCAUCUGCGGCAAAACCGUCGCGCCGAGAACGACCUGAGCCGCUCGGGCGCACGUAA